UUAUUUCAACAUUUGUAACAAAACUGUGCAAAAUGACGUACAUCUCCAGUAAAAUACGGUAAACAUUUCGUAAUUAAUUCUAAAGGAAAACAAAUCCUCCUCAUUAAGUGCACAGCCCCCUGGAUUGUUACUGGAUUGUUAUUGGAGUGUUGUGAUGCUCGUCUUUUGUUUAUCAUGAGAAUUUGUGCACGUGUUUACUGUGUUUUGUGAAACGAUGUCGUCAAUUUUUGUUAGAACCUGGCAUCAGAGAAAGUGUUUACCAGGCAAUCAACCAUGCAGCAAGUUUGUAUAAUGCCAUUUUUGUAUCGAUUCCGGAUUCUGUCUCCCCCCUGAUUAAUUGUGAUCCAGUUUCAAACAGGUGUAGUUAUUUAUGAAUGAAACAUGAGAAAUAGCGUAUAACCUUGUAUCGAUUUCCUCUGUAUCUCAAAAGUUCAGUAAGGUAGGUUGGCCAAUCAGAUGGUACUGCGGUGUGUUCACGGUCGUGCGAGCAAUAUAAACGCAAUGCUGUCAUGAUAACCUGCUAUUUUACGGACUUCGAUAUGACGGUGCUUGUUGAUAGUGUGAAAUUCUUUCUAUUUGUUCUGCAAUAAACAUCCUUUGCAGAAUUGAUCUCAAUUUCAUAUACAGUGUGAAAGUUGAUGCAUUACUGAGUUGAAAUAACAAAAACUUUGUAUGUAAAAAUUGAGUGAAACAUCGUAUUAAUUAGAUACACCAUCAUAGGAGAAUUAUUGGCAGUUAACUUUAUAAAUAUUUACAACACAAUGAUAGUUGUGAGUUUUUUUUGAAGCGCUUUGAUUUUUCUGAAAAUCAACAACAAUGAACGGAUUAAACUUCACCGACAACGACAGACACAGAAGGGUCCCCAGUCCCGCUAUGGCAGAAAUUGCAAUGAGGACGCUGCAUGUGUCCCCAAGACCGCGAAUACGAUCAACUUCAAUGAAAAAACCUAAAAUCAGGCCCCCAGAGGACUUUGAUCUUGGCGAUAUGCGUCCCAGAACAAGUAGUUUGCCAUCGAGAAGCAACUACAAGAAACCCAAUCUUCUGGAGAUAAAAUCGGCAGGAAUUUUGUAUGAAGAUAGUGAGCAAGAUUUGUACCGGCUCAGGACCUUUGAGAAGACGGCCAAAGGUUUGGUAAAUCGUGGAGACUCCAUGAUUUCAAGAAGUACAAACAGUGUUGUUUCCUCGGGAAGUGAAUUUGGUGCUUUGUCACGAACAUCGAGCUCUAUUUCACAGACAAGUUUAACAGAACACCAUAAACCUUAUCGAAUCCUUAUGAUGGGAGCCCAAGGAGUCGGAAAGACCGCCUUAACAUUGCAGUUCAUGACAUCGGAAUACCUUGGUGGCUUUGAUACCAGUGUUGAUGGGGAAGAAGAGAAAACUGUGUCAGUAUUACUGAAUGGUGAAGAGUCCACAAUGUCCUUCAUUGACCCCGAUUCAGAUAAUAUGACACAGAGAUGCGCUCCAAGCUGUUCCUGUAUCGAUGCCUACGUGGUGGUGUACUGUAUCGAUGAUCGAUCAUCAUUUGAUCGGGCUGUCGAUGUCCUCUACAACCUCCGCAAAGAGGAGCACAGUGAUUCUGCAAUCAUCUUGGUGGCAAACAAAUGUGAACUAGCAAGAUCGAGACUUGUCACAACAGAAGAGGCACAGGCUGUAGCAAAGACCUACGACUGCAAAUUUAUCGAGACAUCGACAGUUUUAAACCACAACGUGGAUGAACUUCUUGUGGGCAUCCUCAGUCAAAUACGACUAAAGGUGAAACAAAACGAAAAGUCUCACGGCAAACUGGAGCAGUUACAGGGAUGUGUCAACAAAAGCAAACAGAUUCUGCACAAAAUUUUCAAGAAAGAAGCGACCGCCAAAUCCUGUGAAAAUCUCUACGUGCUGUAGCUGUGUCUUGAAAAUGACGGUGCUUAUUUCAAAAAUCAUAUUCAGACAUACGGCGUUAAAUCAAAAAUGUUACAAAGAAAAUUAUUGUUAAAGUACUCUGCAUGUGUUAAAGAGUCAGAUGGGUCGUUUCUUUUUGCGUAAAAGAAUGAACCUAACUACCAAAAGUCAAACUAGUAGAAUCUGAAGCAUGUCAACCAGUCAUUGAGACAGUUGCGAUGCAUUAUAUCUUGUUGAUACCAAUUGGCCUUGAGACAUUGAUGACUGCAUUGAAGAGUUUUAAUGGACACUUUAUCCUGUUAUUGUCAAAAGUUGUGAUUACAAAAGAAGUGCUAGGAAAUAGCGAAGAUAAAUGUGACUACAAAUGAGGUCAUUUAACAGAUGUUGCUUGAAUGUCUAUUUUUCUAUUGUUUUGUGUUUUACUGGGUAUUUAAUUCUUUAACGUGAACAUUCCAUUAUAUAGAAACGCAGAAGGACAAUUCUUAAAAGCGGUUUCAGAGUAUGUUGUCUCCAUUAACCGGAUUUUAUGUAUCAGAGAUCCGCAUGGAAUCCGAUAAAAUGAUGAAAGACUUUGUGACCUGAUGGAAAUUAAUGGAAGAAUCUUGAAAGCCUAGUAAUAUACAAAGUCUUAGUUGUAUUCUUACCAUGUACUUUAACUUGAAUUGGUUAUUUGUCGUGCUUCAUUUUUUUAAUGAUGAAUGUCCAUGCCAUAAACGAUUUUAUCAUAAACUUUUAAUAGUUAUUGGGGUUAUGGUUUGUUAAUGUACAAAUACAUGUACUGUAAAUGUUAUACAAAUGAAAUUAGAACAGGUUAAGUCUUAGCUGCAACAAUGUAGCCCACUUCGAUUUUUUUUUAUUCUAACGUUUUCGGGAGGUGGCUAUUUCAUAGGAUCUUCGUAAUGGUGCAAAAUGUUUUAUGAAUAACCUGGAAUGAGCUCCGUUUAUUUGUCUCCAAUGUUGUUUACACUAAAAGGAGUACUAAUUUUGCGCUUGAGCAUGUCUAAUGGAUGUGUUUUUCAUUAAAUGUCAUGUACAACAUGCAAAAUUCUUCGUCUGCUUCGACAUGCUUAUUAUCGUGAUAUCUCUUAGGUGGAUUUACUAGGGAAAAAACCUAAACAUUGACAAUCAGCGCGAAAAUGUAGUUACUCGAGCCAUUCUGACAAAGAGAAGAAAAUCACAUGGUGGCAGAAAUAAUUACACUCUUUUGUUUGUUUUUAAGGAGGUACUCUACAUCAGAGAAAUUUGAUAUGGAUGAAAAAUGGAGGAUCUGUGCAGCAAUAUUUUGAAAUUGAAAACUCUUUACUUCAUUUAGCCAAAAAAUGCAGUUUUGGUAGAAAGUAAUCUGGGGGGAAAAACCCUGAUGGUUUCGGACGCGUGAUCUACAGCUCAGCAGUCGGUGCUAACCUACUGAGCUACUCGGCUACGCAAUUCUAUUGGAAACGAAUAGACAAAUAUUGCUGAUAUUUAUAUUUCCAUCCAUGUUUUAAAAGGAAGUCGGCCAUUAUGACAAUGUAGAGUACCUCCUUAACUUGACCUUUUCAAUACCGACAGAAUCGCUUUCUCCUUCGUAACCUGCCUUAUAUGGGUAUAUGCAAAUAACUUGACAACCGGAAGUUCCAUCAAACAUGGCGCACAAUAUGAAUCGAGAAAUUUUAAUAUAUCGAAAUAGUUAAAACGGUUGAAUAGAGUCUCAAAAAUAGUAAGUUGCAGGUUGUAAAUUUAUAUAUUGACUAAGAAACAUAAUAUCAUUUUUAUAUAAAUAAACGAAGCUAGCAAAUGUUUAGAAUGAUCGAAAAUGUUGCGGGAGUGAAUCACUCCCGCAUCUGCACCAUUACGGAGAUCGUAAGGAGUUGUAGCCCCCCCCCC